CGUAAGGCCCAGGGUAAAACAAAGGGCCCGUCGACGAACGAAGCCUUCUUCGGCAACAAGAAAUCCCCCGCUUUUUAGUAUCAGAGCUGUGCUUUUCUCCGGCAUUCCUUGAGAACUCCCAUUUCAGAACCUCUUCUUCGAUUCUUCACUUACUCUUUGCAAGACGCCAUGGGAGACAGCCAGUAUUCUUUUUCUCUCACCACUUUCAGUCCUUCGGGCAAGCUUGUGCAGAUCGAGCACGCCUUGACUGCGGUUGGAUCUGGUCAGACAUCUCUCGGUAUCAAAGCUGCCAAUGGUGUAGUCAUUGCGACUGAGAAGAAACUACCUUCUAUCUUGGUUGAUGAAACAUCUGUUCAAAAGAUACAAUCUCUUACACCAAAUAUUGGAGUUGUUUACAGUGGCAUGGGUCCUGAUUUUAGAGUUCUGGUCAGAAAAAGUAGAAAGCAGGCAGAGCAAUACCACAGGCUGUACAAGGAACCGAUUCCGGUCACGCAACUUGUGAGGGAAACAGCAGCUGUAAUGCAGGAGUUCACCCAAUCUGGUGGUGUAAGGCCCUUUGGAGUAUCUCUGCUGGUUGCUGGGUUUGAUGACAAUGGUCCUCAAUUGUACCAGGUGGAUCCAUCUGGCUCAUAUUUCUCUUGGAAAGCCUCUGCAAUGGGGAAGAAUGUUUCUAACGCCAAAACAUUCCUAGAAAAAAGGUAUACCGAUGAUAUGGAGCUUGAUGAUGCCGUCCACACUGCUAUCUUAACCUUAAAAGAGGGAUUUGAAGGUCAGAUCUCAGGCAAAAACAUUGAAAUUGGAAUAAUUGGCACAGAUAAGAAAUUCAGAGUACUAACCCCUGCUGAGAUUGAUGAUUACUUGGCUGAAGUAGAGUAAGCAAUAUGUUUGUCUGCAAAGGAAAUUUCUUUUAAAGACAAACUGUGACUGUUUGAUUUUGAAGUGAAGUAGCAGCCUGUGAACUUUGAUGACGCCUGGCACUGCCAUUGCCAAAAUUAUGAAGAAAAUUUGUUGGCUCCUUCUAUGGACAUUUUAGGUUGCGCAAUACAUCCACCAUUGUAUGUUAGUUAAAAGAAUUAUGCAUGCUUGGAUUUGAAACGCUGUGGAGAAGUUUUCUUGUUUUAUAAUUAUAAAAUUGUUGGAAUUUCUACAUUGAUUUGUGCUCCUCCAA